UAUCGUUUCCUAUCUGUGUGGUCUUUGAUGGACUUUACGUGUGUGUGUGUGUGUGUGUGUGUGUGUGAGAGAGAGAGAGAGAGAGAGAGAGAGAGAGAGAGAGAGUGGGGCAAUAUCUGAGAGUUACCACAUAAAUACUGUAAAAUCUGUCCGAUACACCAGGGUGGUGUCAGGAGCGAGAUGUAUUUGCACAGUUUUUUCACGUUUUAAGAAAUUACGGAGUCUGGCAGGAGGCAUCGCCCGUAGUGAUGGUAUUGACUGGGGAAUGUCGUCUCCUUCAUGAUUCUGCAAUCGCAUCGUCAUACUCACAAAAGGCUGCAGGUGAAUGUUGGAAGUAAAUCGUCAGACCCUGAGAACUGCAGUCAGUGCAGUGACUAUGAACUGUAGGAGAUGCUCUGGGGGGUGUGUGGCAGCACUAGGGGGCUUGGGGGGAAGUCCUGUGAGACCCCUGACUGUAGCUAUCAUGGUGUUUCACCUGGGUCGGUUUUCACUGUCUACCUCUCUCUCCUCUGGUCUUCCGUUAUGUGGUAGGUGGAUUUAAGCCCAGUGCGCUUGUAUACUUCAUGCUGCGUGCAGUGUCCUUCUUCCCUGCUGCCUUCCUCAGACUAAUUUGGCAACCUGGCAGUGUGGAUAGAACAGGAGAUGGAGAAUGACAGCUGGACAUCAGGAGAGAGGAAGACACCAAGGUUGCUGUGGAAACCACGUUGUUCCUAUGGCAGCGUGGUGGUUGUGGCUAUUAGCCUACAGCGUGUAGUUGAUGUGUCUUGUGAUUGUGUGGUUAAUAGUGACGUAUUGUCUUCAAGGAAGCUUGUUUUGAGUUGAUGUAGUUGAUAGCUGGUUUUCUCAUGAAAUCGAAGUGUUUUAAUAUGACUCUGGUGUGUUAGUUGUGACCUGUAUUGAUCAGCUGAUCCCAGUAUAUUGGUUUUAGAUCAGUUUAUUUUAUCAAGAAAACUGUAAGUUGAUGUGGUGAGAGGAGGCCAUCUUUCUGCAUGAAUGUGGGCAUGGCAGGAAGUUCUCCUUUUUUAGCCUGUUCUUCAGUGUGGAUGUGCCUGUGCUGUGAGUUUUCCUCCAGCACUGAGUGCUGCAUCAGGUUGAUGAAACUGCUGUCUACCUUUGUUUGGAGAUUUGAAUUCUUGGCUACACACAGGAGGGAGUGCGCUAGCCCUUGAAGAUGCUGUCUUCGUCUACAGAGGAGCCUGGCACGCCCACAGGCUACAUGGAGACUGCCGUAGCUUACAGUGCUAUAGAGGAUCUCCAACCCCUUUGCUGGGACGGCGCCCCCAAAUACUGCCUGCAGCUCAGCAUUCCUGGGGGCACCAUGCUCUUGCAGGCAGCCAACGGCUAUUUAAGGGAGCAGUGGUUCUACUCAGUGCAGUGGAAGAAAAAGAUGCACAAGUACAGCAAGGUUCUGAGCAACCUGAGCCGCUGGGAGGUGGUCCUGAAGGAGAUCCGAGCCCUGGUAGAUAUGGCAUUGACGUCGCCCCUGCAGGAUGACGCGGUCCACCAAACGCCGCUGCACAUUGUCUCCGCCCUGCUGGCUGAGAACCCCAGCCUGAGCAUCCAGGACCAUGAGAACGUUAUCAUGGCAAUCGCUCCUCUGCUGGAAAACAACAGCCCGCCCCCAAAGCUGUGUGACCUCUUCCUAAAGCACCUUCAGGAGUGUCCGCGGUCCACAGUGGUUACUGAGGUUUUCACACCUAUGGUGCACAGAAUCUUGAAACACAACAUGGACUUUGGGAAGUUUCCCCGCCUCCGCCUCUUCACUCAGGAAUACAUCCUGGCCAUCAGCGAGCUCAACGCCGGGGUGGACGUGGUCAGGAAGUUCAUCCAGAGCCUGCAUGGUCCCACCGGGCUCUGCCCCCACCCCCGAGUCCUGCCGAACCUGGUGGCCGUCUGCCUGGCUGCCGUUUACUCCUGCUAUGAGGACUUCAUAGACAGCCAGAACAACUCCCCCAGUCUGAGGGAGGUCAGGAGCGGCUGGCAGCAGCACGGCGACAGGAAGCCCCCCCCCAUUCUGAGGUCCUGCCCCUUGGAAGCUGGGUCACGCACCCCCUCAACCGCGCUCCACUCCAGCGACAUCCUGGUGGAUCUGGAGCAGAACCAGAGGGCUUCUGGCGGCGCUGCACCGAUUGGACCUCCAGGGCUCGGCAGUGAGCCCAACCUGAUCGACUGCCUACUUUGUGGCCCUGACAUCGGUGCCCCGACUGUCCAUCUGCCCCCCCUGGCUGACCGAGUCUUGGGCUGUUUUGUGCUCAUCCUGAAGAUUCUGUCUGAUUACGAUGACUGGAGACCAGCUCUGGCAAGUCUGCUGCAGUCAAUUCCUUUUCCCAAGGAGGCACUCGCACACCCCAAAUUCACAAAGGAGCUCAAGUGUGUCAUUCAGACGUUUGCUCAGGACCCGAGACAGGAGGUUCACUCCUGUCUGCUCGGGGUGCGUUCCGGGAAAGACGGCUGGUUCCAGCUGUACAGCCCUGGUGGCGUGGCCUGCGAUGAUGAUGGGGACCUCUUCGCCAGCAUGGUGCACAUCCUUAUGGGCUCCUGUUACAAGACCAAGAAAUUCCUGGUGUCUCUGGCGGACAAUAAACUGGAGUCCUGUGUCCUGUUGGCGCUGAAGGGGAACAAGACCAUGGUGGAGAUCCUCUGCCUCAUGUUAGAGUAUGACAUCAUCAAGAACGGGGACACCCGGCGGCAGGUGGUGUCCACGGUGCAGAGCACGCAGCCAGGCCUGCACACCUACAGCAAGCUGUGCGAGCGGCAGAGGGAGCUCCGGGAGCUGCAAAGAAAAGGAGGACCGGUCCGCCUCACGCUGCCCUCAAAGACCACGGAUGCUGAUCUCGCUCGGCUGCUCAGCUCUGGCUCCUUCGGGAACUUGGAGAGCCUGAGUCUCGCCUUCACCAACGUCACCAGUGCCUGCGCCGAGCAGCUCAUCAAACUGCCCUCCCUCAAGCAGCUGAACCUCUGGUCCACACAGUUUGGUGAUGCUGGGCUGCGCCUCCUCUCUGAGCACCUGGGCUCCCUGCAGGUGUUGAACCUGUGUGAGACUCCUGUCACUGACGCCGGCCUGCUGGCCCUCGGCUCCAUGAAGAGUCUUUGCAGUCUGAACAUGAACAGCACCAAACUUUCUGCAGAUACUUAUGAGGAUCUCAAGGCCAAACUUCCCAACCUGAAAGAGGUCGAUGUUCGCUACACAGAAGCCUGGUGAUCAAACUGUGCACUUUCCCAAAUACGUCUUUGCAGUGACAUUCUCAAUGAAGGGAACCUGGCAUUUUCAACCAGAAGGAGCCUUACUCCUGUGACAUCCAAUCAAAAGGACAUUUUUUUUUUAUGUCAGCCAAUCAAAGCUGAGCUCUUGGAAUUAGACUCAUCAGGAAGCCAGUGCUGUCUGAUAAGAGCUUUAAUCUGACUUCAGUCUUUUUGUGGUUAUGCUGUAUCUCAUGUCAUCACAAAAUUCAGUAGUCAUGCGGUAUUUCUCGCCUACCUGUCUCAGUCUCAGGCCUCUCGGGCAGUUUUUAACAGAGGUGAAAAGUUCAGGUCCAGAAAGCACAAAUUCGGACCGAAAUUUUGUUUCAACCAAGCAGUUGAGUACUCUGACACUGACUCCUUAUGCUCAACUGGCUGGUUGAAACAAAAUCACGGUCCAGUUUUGUACUUUCUGGACCUGACCUUUCCACCUCUGGUUUUUAAUAACUUGAAUGACCAUUUCCCAUAUCUUCAGAAUCUACUUAUAUUUAUUAGUUGUUAUCCAUUAACUCCCAUAUUUGUAAAACGUGGUCUGGGACCGCCUUGAAUCUAUGGACGAUGUGUGUGGACGAUUUUUUUGGACACACCCACCCCAUGUGCUUUCUGAUUGGCUGCCCUGGUGGUUCCUUUCCUCAUUGUCCAUACCUUUCAUGGAUGAAUACGCCAGAAUAUUUUCUUGGAAUUUUUUGUCACAUUUUCUAAUUUUUUAUUGUAUACAUUUACAGUGCUGUGAAAAAGUCUUUUCAAAGUAAUGUUUAAAUCUGCUUUGUGCGAAUUUUAUAUGUCAAAAUGUCUUAGCUUAACCAUUUCAAAACCUCCCCAAAAGCCACCCAAGUGUUUGCAGUAACCACCCAAUCCUCGCAUGUAUUUUUUGAUUUGACCAGUAGCUCACCUUCUGUGUCUAAUUAAUAUAUCACUGACUAAUUAACUUAAUUUAAUUAAGCUGAUGGUGAAAUUCAACAAAUACAUGUUAUGGCAGAGUUGCCCCUAGUGAGAGGUUUGGGAGCUGCAGCGAUGGAUUCAUCCAUCAAGAUAUCGGUACCGUUUUGGAGAACCGAAGAACAACUUUGUUCAUUUUUAUUGUGUUUCUAUUCAUUUGUAUGUGUUCUAACAUUAAACUGUGCUUUUUUUCUGGGUAAAUAUAUACUUAAUACUCAGAUAAAUAGCUUUAAAUAUUUGCUGUGAUUGCCUUAGACCUUUUAUGCAGUGUAUUUAUAUUCAAUUUUCUGCUCCAUAAACUGCAGAUUUGUAGAAAUCCACAAUAUUCAUUUUCAGGGUCUGUGUUAGUGAGUCUUCUUGAAAGUUACUGUAUUAUAACUCUUGGAGUCAGCGUCAGUUUAAAUCUCACUGGUUGAUGUUUUCUGUCCGUUUUUUCAUGUCCAAUUGACUGAUGAAAACCUUUGCGGACGCGCUUCUGGGAAAGAAUCUUGUGGUGGUUUGGGUAGUUAACUGGAUGUGAAACCCAUAUUUGGAUGCCUAUUUGUGUGUCUGUGUGUGUUUGUCUGUGUGUGUGUUUUCAGUAUACUAUAUGGUCAAAAAUAUGAGGAAACUGGCCUGUUCAACAUCUCAUUCUGAAACCAUGGGUACUGAAAUUGGUCGGCCUAUUCUUUGCUUUUCUGAGAAAGCUUUCCCUCAGUACCCGGGAGAUUGCUGGUGGAUUGCUGCUAUUCGGGUAGGGUGUUGAUGUUAGGUGAUCAAGUCCCUUUCUUUAAGCUUAUAUGGUACCGCUGAACCUGGUCCCAGAUAUUUUGACCUUCACAGUCACUUCACACACACAGCUCUAGCAGGGCAGAAAUGUGGCUAAAUAGCUUAUUGGAAAGAUGGCAUCUUAUGGAAAGUGGAAGUCACUAACCUCUUCUGUGUCACCACCCUUUCUACUGCUAAUGUUACACAGCAAUUGGUAUGGGUUAAUUUGGCAAUUCCUGUAAUUAACAGGAGUGUCCACCUACUUUUGGCCGUAUAGUGUGUGUCUGUCUUCAAAAUGCACAAAAACAUGCAUUAUUGCCUCUGUCUCAUAUAUUUGUCAUUUUAUAUGCAUUUUAUAAUUUUAUAAGUCAGAUUCUGCGGUAGAGAAUUCUAAUGCCUUUUUUCACAUGGCAGCAAUCUACGUUUGCAUUAGGGUAUGGACAUGUGGGACCUGGUGAAUCUUGUUAAACAGUAAAAUACCAUUUUCUUUACAAA